CGGACGGACGGACGGGUUGACUGACUGAUGCGGUGAUACCACCGCGGUAAUGAAGCCACUCGGCGCGACGGCUCCGUCCUGCACCAUUCGGCGUUGCACUGCCAACGCCACCUGUUGUGCAAGUUCAGCCACGUUCUCCCCGAUCGAAGCGUGCGGCCGCGGCUCCGUCGACGGCCCGUCGCGAGUGGUACCAUGCCGCGCGUUGGCCUCGUGUGGUUUGUCCUGUCGGGCCUGUCCCGUGCAGCGACGGCCAACGACGCGGCGGCGGCGGCGGCGACGGCACAAAACUGCACUCUCACCACAUGUUCUUCCGAUGAAGUAUGGAACAACUUCCUGCCUUCCAAUUACAGCAAGUCGGAGCCACCGGUCGUCGACGGCAUGGCUGUUUUAGUGAACGUCUCGAUGAAGAUUGUGGACGUCGACGACAUCAACGAAGAAAGAAUGGACUUCCGCCUGCACACGUACAUCGAGGAGAGCUGGCGCGACGACCGCCUGCGCAGCAGUCCCUUCGCUCAGAGGUGGCGCCGGAUGUCGGUCCCUCGGCGCGUGGCCCGGCUCAUGUGGGCGCCGGACGUGGUGUUCUCCAACACCAAGAGGAGCAGCAUCUUCCGACAGUCGGUGGACAGCGUCGCCUACAAGAUUGCGCGUGACGGAUCGGUGCACAGGCUCACGAGGUACCUGUUCCAAGUUCGGUGCCUCAUGACGUUCCACAAGUACCCGAUGGACAUCCAGCAUUGCCACUUCAAGGUUUCGCUGCUCGCCACGCCAAACUCCAUCACGGAGCUGAGCUGGGACGGCAAUGUGGACGACCAAGGGGAAAGUCGGGCCAUCGAAUUCGUCGAGCGAGUCGAACCGCUCCAGUUCCGGAUCAAGCGGCCCAAGGUGCAUCGCUACAGCGAGAACUUCCUCGGAGAAAACUACACGCACCUGCUGGCGAACUUCACCUUCGAGCGCCGCCUGACGGCGUCCAUCGUCAACACCUACAUCCCGAGCGGCCUGGUGGUGGUGCUGUCGUGGCUCUCGUUCUGGCUCGACGUGCACGCGGUGCAGGGGCGCAUCACCCUCGGAGUGACCGCCAUACUGACCCUCACCACGCAGGUCGUACAGUCCCGCACGGCGCUGCCACCGGUGGACUACGUGAAGGCCGUAGACAUCUGGCUCUUCGCGUGCCUCAUCAGCGUGUUUACGUCGCUGCUGGAGUACGCUGUGGCCUACCAGUACGUCAAGUCCCAGCGAAUCGGUUUCCAAGGAGACGGCGCCAUAGCCGACGAGGACAUCACGGAAAACGACAUGCUUGGCUCCGCCGGCUCCAUGGCGUCCACCGUGUCUCGCGGCAACCUUCCAGCGCCGUCGAGGUUCCCGAUCCAGCCGCUGUUCCAGCCGAACAAGCUCCUCGCCUUUGUCGCGAAGUUCCGCUUCCUGAGUGUCAGCAGCUCCAACGUGUUCGACAGCGUCUCCCGCGCCGUGUUUCCUUCGGUGUUCGUGCUCUUCAUGAUCGCCUACUGGGCUCACUACCUGCCAAGCGGAAAGCCCGGCCAUUGAUCUCUUGCGAUGUGCUAAGCGAAAGUUAUUAGAGAGCAGCUCGUCCGUGAAGACAUCAACCUUUACGGAAUAUCGGGCUGCCACAGACUCGGACGCUGGCAACAACACCGGUAGCAGCUUCUUGUGACCCAUUGUCCAACUACAGUGCGUCAUAAACGUGUUUGCAUCGAACGGCCCAUUGAGCGAAAAAAUCGGCUUCGGUAGCAGCGAAACGGCAUCUAAAUUCCCAUUGGCUGCAACGCCACAUCACGUGAUCGCCUCGACCGAGCAGAGCGGGCGAAACGGAAUGCAUGCUGCUCCAGGUGUUGCGUGAUGGGAGAGAGCAUCGCCACGACGCCACGUAACCGGCGCGCUUCGACGGAGCACAUACGGCGACGCCACGCCGCGGGGCGAGGCGGGUUGUCGUCAGCGAGGCAGUCACGUGACGCGACCGUCUUGCUAUAUAUAACCUCCACUGGGCUUAGCUGCUGCGCUCGCCUGUCCUACUUGGUGGCCGCUGCUGCUUCCUCGGUCUCUCGUCGCGCAGGGCGUCGGUGGCAUGCGGCGUCCUUGAUUUCUCAGCAAUAUCGUCCAGAUGAUUCCCGUCUACAGCAGCUAACGUACAAGUUACACAAACAAAAAUGCCUUUACACCAAUUUAAUUUCAAAACUAGAUAGCAUACGCCACAGCAAAACUAGGAAAAAUAACUCCCAGCGGAAAACUCGAAGGAGUUUUGCGCUGUGAGUUACUUCUAUACUUAUAUAUUCUAUACUUUAUAGUGAAGGACCAGUACCUGAUAUAGUCAACGUCGAACAGGAUUUAGAACAAAUAAAGCGUGUGAGGGCCAACUUAGGAUACAAAGUGCAUUUUCUUUUAACGGAAGUACAACUUACUUGCGACAUCAAUCCUAACAGAACCUUACGCUAAAGCUGACAGUGUUGCCUAGCCUCCCUAUGAGUUCCCGGGUGCCAGUUCACCUGCGACAAACGCUGACACGCCGAUAAGCAUGGCAUUGGCUUAUUACAGAGACAAAGACAUCGAGCGUCAACUAAAAAUUCAAGAAUACAAAUACCCAAAAUGCUGUAUAAUAAAACUAAACUUCAUUAAAAUGUUCUCCGGCGUCCUUUCUUUGUUCUUCAAGUACAGUAAGUAUUAGUUGUUUCGGCUUGGGCAAAAGCCUUUUAUUUGCUGCUUAAUAGGCAUCUCGGAAACAUUCCAAUCAGGGAAGGCGGAUUUUCGCACUAAAAUGUGCAGAUACUGUUUGGUAUAGGUCCACCAAGCAUGCGUUCGUACGCGUUACAAGGACACCACCCAUGCUUCUUGCUGUAAAUGUAGCUACCAGCGUUCGAGGGGUCACGCAG